AUGCUGGCGGUGGACGCCUUGUUCCUCUUCGUGGGCGUCGUCUACGGCUCGCGCGUGCUGGCGCCUAAGCCCAUGACCUACUUGUCCGAGAUCGCCUUCCCAUUGGACUUCUGUGUCAAGUUGGCGGCGUCGUUCAUGUUGUUCCUGCUCAAUGGGCUGCAGUGGCUCUACCAGGAGAUUUUCUGCUCGUGGCUGCUGUACCAUCGACCGUUCGGCCGCGACCAGCAGAAUGUCGUAGUCAUGAUGGAGACGCUGGUUUGGGGAAUGUCGACCAGUAUUUUGUGGAUGGAGUAUCGGCGCGGGCUGACGCCGUCGGUGUAUCUGCGGCUGUUCUGGUUCCUUGAAUGGCUGGACGCCACGUACUUCCUCGUCGUGAACGGAACGUUUGCCGGAGCCUCGAGUCCGGAUGACGACGGUGCCAUGUCGUACAUGACUGGCAUGGUGUUUGGUGGCGUCUGCUAUGCAGCUUCGGCUGUGCUGGUACUAUUCAUGUGUGUACGACCCACCACAGUUACUCCGGAGUUUAUUGCGUAUCCGAUGGAGGUGAAUACUCCGUCUGCGUAUCUGAACUCGGCACAUUGCCAGCCUCCAACCUCUCUGUAUGGGUCGUUUAAGGACUGGGAGCUGGUAGCAUAUCCAUCAUCGUCCAAGAGCACUGAAGAGAGGACGAUGCUCGAUAUCACGAUCCCCGCUACCGUAUCUUCAAUUUGGGGCAACAGGCAGUUCGUCUCGUUCAAGAUUGUUGUUCAAACCGAUGAUGACCACUGGACUCUUCGACGUCCCUACAGUGAUUUUGUUGCUCUCGAUGAAGAGCUUCCUGAGGAAGUUCGCGCUGAUUGCCCGCUGCCACCUGAGGAGUAUGACAACAGAAAGGUGAUAUCUUGGAAGGAACGUCCUCGGUCCCUCAAGUCACGCCUGGAGAAAUAUCUCAAGCAGGUGCUCCACCAUCCCAAGCUGGCGCCGUACGCAUCUCAAGCUCUGUGUGAAUUUCUCGAGAUGGUGAGUUUGGCGACGGGUGAAAUCAGAGCGUUUCGAUCAGAUGUUUGCUCACGCGUUUUGUUAUCCGAUUGCUAG